GCAGUGGUCUGUGCGUAGAGAUUCAGAAGUUGUAAAUAAGCCUGUUCUUCAACCUGGAUCGGUUACGGAUACAAGGUAUUAAAUAUUGAUGCCUACUCCCCACCUCAGCAUUCUCUCUCUAAACUUUCCAUCUGACACGAAUCACUAUACUUCCCUCCCUCCAUCCCUUCUUUCAGAAGCCAUUAACACUCCUCUCCUCUGCUACUUUUACUUUUCUCAUCUAGGGUUUCCAUCGCUGCAAUGCAAUGUAUAUGCUUCAUUUGAUCAUACCCUAUUUUCAUUCCUACUAAUAAUCAUGAAAUUUCAACAAAACACUAUUGGAUCGCUUGCUGUUGACCACCUACCCGCCGGUGCCCGGAAUCACAACCUCUGGUCAACAUGCCGGCGCAAAAUCAUCGACACGAUCAGCUGCGGCGGCGCCGGUUACCGCCACACUCACACCGUCCAUUCUCCGGUGGCGCUAAAUCCAAACACCGACGAAACUAAACCUAAACUCGAAUCCAGAUCUGAUAAAAAAUCUGAGAAGUUAUCGGAGUUGUUGAAGGUAUCGGAGGUUAUGGAAGCAGAAGAAGAGGAGGUGAAGAAGAAGGUGGAGGUAUUGGAGGAGAUGAAGCAGGUGGUGAAACGGUUGCAGUGUGGCGGGAACGACGACGUUUUGGAUGGCGCGAAGGAGGUGAGGCGGUUAGCGAAGGAUGAUUCGGAUGCUAGAACGACGUUAGCGUUGCUUGGUGCUAUUCCGCCGUUGAUUGGAAUGCUUGAUUCCGGUGAUCUGGAUUUCAGAGUUGCUGGACUUUAUGCGAUUUUGAAUAUCGGAAUCGGCAAUGACACGAACAAAGCUGCCAUUGUUAAAGCAGGGGCAGUGCACAAAAUGCUUGAUCUAAUCAACUCUCAAACUAAAGGUUUACCUAACCCGGAUGUGUGUUCAGCAAUAGUAGCAAAUUUUCUUGGGUUAACUGCGCUCGACUCUAACAAACCCAUUAUCGGAUCAUCAGGAGCAGUCUUGUUCUUGGUCAAAACCCUCCGGAGUUCAGUUGAAGGUGAAGCGAAUUCACAAGUUGUUCAAGAUUGUUUAAGGGCACUCUAUAACUUGUCACUCUUGCCUUCAAAUGUCUUACCGAUGAUCGAAAUCGAUGAUUUUGUUCCGUUUUUGUUGACCACAUUGGGAGAUAUGGAAGUUAGUGAUAGAAUCUUGGCGAUCUUGAGCAAUGUGGUGACUACACCCGAGGGUCGGAAGGCGAUAAGUAGUGCUCAUGAUUCGUUUCAGAUAUUGGUGGAUGUUUUAAGUUGGACGGAUUCGCCUGAUUGUCAAGAAAAGGCGACAUACAUAUUGAUGGUGAUGGCUCAUAAGUCGUAUCGAGACCGACAAAUCAUGAUUGAGUCCGGGAUUUCAUCUACGCUUCUUGAACUAACACUUCUUGGUAGCACCUUAGCACAAAAACGAGCAUCUCGGAUUUUAGAAAUUUUAAGAAUCGACAAAGGUAAACAAGUGUCUGAAACCUUUGUAGGUAGUAGUGGGGCAAAUGUUUCAGCGCCCCAGUGUGGGUCUGUUGAUUCCAGACUAGUGAGAUCAACAGACCCCUCAAAGGAUUCAGAGGACGACACGAUGAUGAGUGACGAGACUAAAGCGGUUAAGCAUUUGGUACAACAAAGUUUGCAUAGCAAUAUGAGGAGGAUGGCGAAGAGGGCGAAUUUGCCACAAGAUUUCGUGCCGUCGGAGCAUUUUAGAUCGCUUACAUCUAUGUCAACUUCAAAGAGUUUGCCAUUUUGAGAUGAUGAUCAUCAAAAAUGUGUUUUUCUACCUCGUUACUAGAUUAAACUUGUCUUUGUUUUGUAUGUUAUCUUUUUUUGGUUGUUGGUCUUAGAGUACUACUAGAAUGGCCAAUGUUUUUUGAGAUCUAUAUAUUUAUGGUAGGAAUAGAAUCUUUAGUGUACAAGUUCUGUCUAGAGACUAUGUAAUUUAUGUUUUUUCUAGUUUUUAAGAUGCUCUAGGUUUAAUCAUAUGCAAA